CGUGUGCUUGGUGUUGCUAUUUCUGGCAUGGCUGUUUUGGAGGCGCGGCUGCAGGUCGACCCCCCUCCGUGACCGUCUCCGUCCGCCCCCCGCCACCACCGCACUCCCAUCCAGAUGGGAGUGCGCAAGAGGAGCUUUCGGCAUUCCGGUCUCGCUCGACCAACCGGAUCCCCGUGAGAGUCCCCACCCACACCCCGAGGGCGGCGUCGGGUCGUCGGGGACAGCUGAUUUCACACGACGAGCCGGCGAGCCGGCCGGCAUUUCGUCGUCGGAUGGCGCCGGCCUCCUCCUCGUCCGCCGGCGUCGCGUGCCUCGUCCUGCUCCUGCUCCUGCUCCUCGCCGGCGCCUCCGCGGCGCACGGCUCGUUCCAGGCUAGGCGUGCUCUGUCAGAUGACCAUGGGAGCGGUAUAGUGGCGCGAUGGCGGAGGUUGCUCGCCGACGCUGCGACUCCAGCGAACAACUCUCUUGUGCUGGCUGCGGCGAGGACUCACCGGAGCGACCCCUUCGCCAACCUUACCGCGUACAGCGGCGGCUGGAACAUUAGCGACGAGCACUACUGGGCUUCCGUGACGUACACCGCGGUGCCCCUCUUCCUCAUGGCCGUGCUGUGGUUCGUCGGCUUCGGCAUCGUGAUGCUCGUCAUCUCCUGCUGCUGCUGCUGCUUCUGCCGGGGCAAGAACGACGCCUACUCGCCGGGGUGCUACCUCAGCUCCCUGGUGCUCCUCAUCAUCUUCACCAUGGCCACAAUCGCCGGGUGCCUGAUCUUGCACGGCGGCAGCGACCUGUUCCACGGGAGCACCAUCAGGACCGUCGAGUACGUCUUCGGGCAGGGCAACCUGACGGUGGACCACCUGAGGAACUUCGCCGACAGCUUGGCGGCGGCGAAGGACAUCACGAUCAACCAGAUCUUCCUCCCGGCCGAUGUCCAGCAGAAGAUCGACGUCGUCGAGGAGAAGCUCAACUCCUCCGCGGGCGUCUUCUCCACUCGCCUGCAGGAGAACUCCAGGAAGAUCAAGGGAGUGCUGAACCACAUGGAGCACGAACUGUUUGCUGUUGCAGCUGUUAUGGCUGGCCUAUCAAUACUCGGAUUCUUGUUCUCCGUACUGGGGUUGCGGUUUCUUGUCUCCCUACUGGUGAUCGCUGCUUGGAUCCUUCUCACCAAUACCAUCAUCAGUUCUGGUCUUUUCCUCCUCUUGCACAACGUGGUGGCGGACACGUGCGUCGCGAUGGGCGAUUGGGUGGCGCACCCGCAGGCGCACACGGCGCUGGACGACAUCCUCCCGUGCGUGGACGUGGCCACGGCGAACGAGUCGCUGUACCGGAGCCAGGAGGUGACGUCGCAGCUGGUGGCGCUGGUGAACAACGUCGUCGUCAACAUCUCUAACCGGAACUUCCCGCCGGGGCUCCGCCCGCUCUACUUCAACCAGUCGGGGCCGCUCAUGCCCGUGCUCUGCAACCCGUUCAACCCGGACAUGAGCCCCCGCCGGUGCGCGCCCGGCGAGGUCGACUUCGGCAGCGCGGCGCGGGAGUGGAAGCGGUUCGAGUGCCAGACCACGGGGCCGCCGGGGUCGGAGCUGUGCGCCACGCCGGGGCGCGUGACGCCCGCGGCGUACGGCCAGAUGACGGCGGCGACGAGCGUCAGCAAGGGGCUCUACGAGUUCAGCCCGUUCCUGGUGCAGCUGCAGGACUGCUCCUUCGUGCGAGAGACAUUCACGUCCAUCACCAACUAUAACUGCCCCGGCCUCGAGCAGUACAGCCGGGACGUCUACGUCGGCCUGGUCGUCAUCUCUGCCGGCGUCAUGCUGUCCGUCGUCUUCUGGAUGGUUCACACACGGCACCGACGGCGGCGCGCCAUGCGCAAGCAGCUGUGACUGAGAUCUUGAUGGCGCGCCAGGCCACGCCACGAUUGAGCUUUAGCUGUUACAACCGUGGUCCACGCAUCCGUUUCAAAUUUGUACAAUACUCACUCGGUUCUAAAAUUAAUCGUUGUCGUUUAAUUUCU